AGAAAACCAUGCGCGCAUUCCUGCAUGAACCCUAAUUCCAGAACUAACAUAAGCCCAUCAUCCACCCACCUGCCAUCUGGAUAAGACCAAACAAGCAAGAUAAAUCACAUAAAUACAAUGGCAGAAAUAACCCGAAAUGCUGCACAAUUUCUCCAGCUUUGAUUUAGUCAGUCCCGAUCACAUGCUAAUAACCCAGCUAAACCAUCGAUCGACUCCGCCCACUUGGUUUCUGCAACGUCAAAAAGGUUCGUUUCAUCUUCCUCACCUGCAGCCCCAUACAUCGACAUCCAAUCUAUACCGUCCCCCCCAUCAUUUCUUCCACCUCCAAAAUGUCUCUCAAAAACCCCUACCUCCUAAUCUACAACACCCUGAAUGCCCUCCUCUGGCUCCGCAUCCUCCUCUCCAUCCUCACCUCCCCCGCCCAACCCCCAGAGACCACCUACACGACCCUGGAACCCUGGACCCGAUGGACGCAAACCCUCGCCGUUCUGGAAAUCCUGCACGCAGCAUCCGGCCUAACCCGCUCCCCGGUCUUCACGACCUUCACGCAGAUCUUCGCCCGCAGCGUCCAAGUAUGGGCCAUCGACUUCGCCUUCGCGGACCUGACCCGCGUCUCCCCAGCAUACAAGUACAUGCUGUUUGCGUGGUCCAUCGCCGACACGAUCCGGUACUGCUAUUUCGUCGUGCUGAUUGCGGGGGUGCCCGUGCCGGGCGUGUUGAGGUGGUUGAGAUACUCCCUCUUCCUAUUCCUCUACCCCAUCGGAAUCAGCAGUGAAUGGUGGUUAAUGUUCAAAGCCACCGUCAGCACGGACAGCUGGCCUGUCAAGGCGUUGUUUGUUUUCUUUUUGGGGCUUUAUGUGCCGGGGUCGUUUAUGAUGUAUUCGUAUAUGGUGAAGCAGAGACGGAAGACGUUGGGGGCUACUUGAUCUGGAUAGGUGAGGGAGGGGUCAGCCGCCGCUUGAGA